AUGCUGAUACCUUGGCCAGUGAUCCGAGAAGAACCGAAGUCCAUUGUUCCACCAAAGAGUCGGGAUGUACGGGCUGAGCAGAUUCGAAUGUUUGCACUCAAUCAAAUCGUAAAACAAAAUUCACAUGUAAGAAUUUAUUUUGCACAGUUUUCCGUUUAGAAGUUGUUCAGAUUCUCCCACCACGCAGCAAAAACAUUUCUGCUCAAGAGAUGUGCAGAAAAAAGUACACGUGUCCGCCACAACUCCGAAGAUAUGAGACAAUGCUGAGAGUGUCACCGAAAUACAAAAUGGUGAAUUGUGUCGUUCAAAAGUCCAUGUCCACUAUGAUGACGGGUGCAAUGUGCUAUUUGUACGACGAACAGAAGUUCGAGCGGUCGGGUAGAAAAUUUGAAUAUGAAUUUAGCGGAAGGUGGAUAAUAGCCAGGAAUAGCCAAAUAUUGUAAAAUCAGAUUCUGCAAAGGAAACAAUGAGUUUUCGAGUGUCAAUGGAGUGCGAGACGUGUACAAUAUCUCACUUUUUAAAACUGAUUGGAGCUUUUCAAUGAUCACCCGCAACCCAAUCGAUCGUUUUGUUUCUGGAUACGUGGAUAGAUGUGUCAGGUUGGGUUGAUGGACUUUUCUAGCUUUGCAUUUGGUAUUCUUCUUGUGUUGUAGAAUACUUCAACCAAACGCAACCGAACAAUGCAACGGAUGUGGUUUGAACAUGACUUGUUUCAUCGAAAAAGAAUACAAACAUCUCAUGGAUAUCUCGUUUAGACGAAAAACUCAUCGAACUAUGGAAGACGCUCACUUUUUUCCACAAAUAUGGUUUGAAAAGUUCAUAAACAGACAGUCAUUCUUUUUUCUUUUAGGCAUUGCGAUUUGAACGAUGAAUUUGAAUUUUUUGAAUUCAUUCCAUAUUCCACGGACCCUGAAACAGAACUGAUGCCUCAUUUUGAAGAUUUAUUGAAAAGACAAAAAGUGAGACAACUAAUGUUGUUGAUUUCUUAUUCGAUUUACCUUCCAGGUUCCUAGAAGCUCUAUCGAAUUUAUCAGAAACGAGUUUGCUACUAGAAAGCCUAACCACGCUACAACUGGCACUCCAGCCCAAAGAUUCUAUUACUCCAGGUGUGGAAAUCGAAAACGUCUUGAGUUUAUUUUAUUUUAUGUUUCAGGCUCACAAACUCUCCGUAUCUUCUGGAGUUCAUUGUCAAAAUGUUCUACUUCGACUUUGUUCAGUUCCAUUACGAAUUUCCCCCUGGAUUCUGA